AUGCGGUAUGCAAUUCGUGGAAUUUUCCAGGCUAAGCAGAAAAGCGUAUUCACUACGGAAGUCGUCCCAGCUCUUUUCCAGCUCGUCCGGGACUUGCCACGUGCGUCCCAGCUUUUCGCCGUAAAGAGCUCUCUCGCCAUCCGAUCACUGGCCAUGGCGCCCUCGAAACGUAAACGCUGGUCACCAGCCACAGACCUGGUGUACCGAAACACUUUGUCCUCGUCUUUGGUCUCUGCAUCCUCAGCAGAACACAUCCAGGAGGUUGCGGCCCGGUUCUUUUUCCAUGCACUCCUGGGUAUCGAUAUGACAUUUGAAGACAGCAUUGACUUUAUGUAUUCCACAAUGGGAAGUAUCUUGAUCCGCAGGCCGCACUAUGCAACUAUGAUGUGA